AUGGCAGCUAUUCCAACACCACCAUUACCCACAGGUGAGUGCGCUCAAGGGUAAGAGGGUUCUGUUUAUUUAUUUUUUUCCCUUUCAAAAAUAAAUAAAAAAAGAUAGCUCCAGGUGAGAGGGGCACAAGAGAUUGAGAGGCCAACAGGGCUGUCUAGAAUAGAGCCAGAAUUUCACAUACCAAUUUCAGCUAACCAGAUAAAUCUGUAGAUUGCUAGUGUGUAUAUUGCUGUUACCUGCCUUGAAUAAUUCAGAUAGGGCAGGUAUCAAUGAUUGCUGCUGAUCUGCAGUCAGGUAAUACAACUCUGAAGGAUAUUUAAGACACAAGGGGGGAAAGGGAGAAGAGGAUAUUCUGGGUAGGUGGUUAGGUUUUGAGGAAGUGUAGGAAAAACAUGUCUCUCUCCCGGGCACUGAGAAACCUGGGCUGUUCCUUAAGACCCUUAAUGAUAUAAUAUCCCUUGAUGUCAUGCAUUCUUUUAAAGAAACUGGGCCCCCAAAGAUAGUGUCUGAAUACUGGCAAGGUUUGGAAAUCUUUAGAAAUGAGUUGCUGGCAGAACAUUUGUUCCCGCUGGCAACUCUGCCGCUGUACAUAAUGAGAUAUUCACUGAGAAAGCCUGAUUACCUAAGCCUUGAAAACAGUAUGAAACAAAACUGCUAGACCUGCUUCUGGCCUUUAUAACCUGAGCCAAAUGUUGAAGUCUUUAAUUGAGCAAGUUUCCCUUUGGCUUCAACAGCCUUUUUUUUUUUUUUUUUUAACUCCACCAGCAUUUUGGCCUCAAGCACCCGUUAUUUCAUCAAGACUACUUGGCCAAAAUCAUUCUAAUGAAAGUGGAAGCUUAGAGGUUUUGUGGCUAUUAUUACGUUUAUUUUGCUGCAGUUGCUACAAACCUACUGAACCGAUUUUAAGUCUCUGAACCACAGCUUGAUCUUGUAUGGCACACUUAAAAAAAAAAAAAAAAGUGUGCCAGGGAAUACAUUGGUCAACAUCCGCUAAAGUAGUGCUGUUAAUGCAAGGCCAUUUGGCUGUGCAAUCAAAGAGCCCUUCUUCCUUCUCUCACUGCAUGCCCCCUAAAGGUCUUCUGGGGGUUCCCCCAACCCUCUGGAGCAGAUUUGGGGAGGGCGUGGGAAGAGGAGAGGGAUGGGGAGUUCUGUUAGCCACAAAUCCUUGCGUUAAUGGAACUGCUUUGUUGGAUCCUGCCCAUCGUGCAAAGGGUGAGUGCCGUUUUAUGGAAAACAGUUUAUUUAUGACAUUUUAAUCUCAUCUUAGGGACGCGGGUGGCGCUGUGGGUUAAACCAUAGAGCCUAGGACUUGCCGAUCAGAAGGUUCGAAUCCCCGCAACGGGGUGAGCUCCCGUUGCUUGGUCCCUGCUCCUGCCAACCUAGCAGUUUGAAAGCACGUCAAAGUGCAAGUAGAUAAAUAGGUACCGCUCCAACGGGAAGGUAAACGGCUUUUCUGUGUGCUGCUCUGGUUCACAAGAAGCGGCUUAGUCAUGCUGGCCACAUGACCCGGAAGCUGUACGCCGGCUCCCUCGGCCAAUAAAGCGAGAUGAGCGCCACAACCCCAACGUCAGUCACGACUGAACCUAAUGGUCAGGGGUCCCUUUACCUUUUUAAUCUCAUCAUUCCUCCAGGCACCUCAGGGUGACACAGGUGCCCAGUUCCCACUUUAUUAUUUCCACAACACUCUUGUGAGGUUGCUGGGGCUACAAGUGAUUAGUUCAAGAUCCCCCAGUGGGUUCUAUGACUGAACAAGGUUUUGAAUCUUGAGUCCCCCUAGUCCCAGGUAUCUUCGUUCUCUCUACUUCACUGUAUUCAGAUGCCUCUGACAUCCAUCUCUUUCUCUUAUGCAUAAAGAAAAGCUGCUGACCAGCCCAUUUAUGAAGAAGAUGAAUACACCAACUUUGCAAGAGGAUGCCAACGUGGCUGUCAUAGGAGGUAUUGUUGCCUGUAUCUCCGCAGAUGUGCUUUAGCCCAGCCACUAUGCAGCCAUGGGAAGCCAGCAGUGCAGACUGCAGGCUGCAUAACACAUAAAUGCACACAUAAAUCCUCUACAGCAGAGCCCUCUAGCAUCCUUCUAGAUCUGGGAUGUAACAGUACUCAUUAAAAAAAAAAAAUCUGGACUGCCAUCACACACAUUCCGUGCCCAAAAUAGCAGGCUUCUGCAACCUGUAUAUAUGAUGCCUAUCAAGCUGUUGUUGUUUAGUCGUUUCCGACUCUUCGUGACCCCAUGGACCAGAGCACGCCAGGCACUCCUGUCUUCCACUGCCUCCCGCAGUUUGGUCAAACUCAAGCUACUCUUAUCAAGCUACUUUGCAUAUAUUUGCUUAUUUCUGCAAAAUGGGAGGGGUGAAGGUUGUGUGACACGCUAAGAGGCAGAAACAUACAUGCUGGCAGCCUGUUCCUAAACUCAAAGCACUGGUGAGUCUGCUCCAGACCUGUUUGUGCUAAAGUUCCCCUUUUCUCAAUUUUUGUUUAAAGCUGUCAUCGCUGUGGUUUUCGUCACUCUCCUUUCGGUCGUCGUGCUGAUCAUCGUUUACCUGUACAAGAACAAAGGGACCUACCGCACCUAUGAACAAGCUCCACCAGAUCCAGAGGGGUCAGUCCAAAUGGAGGAUCUCCCGUGUAAAGGCGAGAAGGAAGAAUAUUUUAUAUAG